AUGUCUCGCGGCGGCACUACCUUAUAUGUGACAGGCUUCAGCCACGGCACCCGCGCCCGCGACCUUGCCUACGAAUUCGAACGGUUCGCAUUCGUCGAAUACGAAGACCGACGUGAUGCCGAUGAUGCGUAUCACGAAAUGCACAACAAACGCAUUGGCCGAGAUGACCUAUUGAAGAUCGAGUGGGCCAGAACGCCUCCAUCAGCCUCUUGGCGCUUCGAAUCUGGGCGUGAUCGUGAUCGUCGUGGACCCCGAUCUCCUCGCCGCGGACGGUCACCAUCCCCUCGACGCAGCACCCGCGACUAUUCCCCACGGAAAGACGAGCGCCGCGAUCGCGACAGAGAUUAUGAUCGUGAUAGCCGAAGGGACCGAGACCGGUCUCGAAGCCCUGAACACCGGGACCGUGACCGCGAUGCCAAAGAUGAGCGCGAUGAUCGUGACCGAAAGGAGAAUGGAACCAACGGUGAUGAAAGGAAAGCUGAGAGCCCUCUUCCCGCCCAUGACGAUCUUGAUGUUGCUGAGUAG